UUUUUCUGAUUGGCCGCUAAUUGGCUCAAGGUCGUUGGUGCUUAAUAACUUACUGGGAUUUAUGUAAAGUGGUUUCUUUGGUUCGACCAAGUUUGAGAAUCGAUUACUUCCCUUCCGUGUCCUGGAUGUCAUCCAAAGUUCCUAUACUUUCUGCCGGUGGUCCUUUGAUAUUUCGUCAAUUAUUUGAAAAGGUUUCAUCUACAUACACUUACUUACUGGCCGACUCACAUACCAAAGAUGCUGUUAUUAUCGACCCUGUUUUAGAAACUGUUGAACGAGAUAAAAAACUUAUAUCUCAGUUGAAUCUUAAAUUGGGUCCGAUAAUAAAUACUCAUUUGCAUGCUGAUCACGUAACUGGCAGUGGGUUGUUAAAGCGAAUUCCUGGAUCUUUCAGUGUAUUGUCGCACUAUGAUGGAGUCAAAGUUGACAAGAUAAUAAAACAUGGAGAUGUUAUUAAGUUUGGAAAUUUCGAAUUAGAAUGUCGAAGUACUCCAGGGCAUACAUCAGGUUGUAUGACGCUAGUAUUGCAUUCCGCUGGUGUUGCUUUCACUGGUGACACACUUUUAAUUCGUGGUUGUGGAAGAACAGAUUUUCAAGGAGGCUCAGCUGAGACAUUAUAUGAUUCAGUCUAUUCACAAAUCUUUACUCUUCCAAAUGACUAUACAUUGUUUCCUGCUCAUGAUUAUUUAGGCAACACUAUGACUACUGUUGGUGAGGAGAAGGCAUUUAAUCCUCGAUUAACUAAAACCAAAAUUGAAUUUGUUAAAAUUAUGAAUGAAUUAAAUCUUCCGUUACCUAAACAAAUGGAACGCGCUAUUCCAUUGAAUCUAAAAUGUGGUAUCAAUGAUGAAUAAUGUCAAAUGAUUCUGAAGUAAUAUAUCCAUUUGUUUGUUUGUUUAUUUGUUUAUUUAUUUCUCUCAGUCAGUUUACUUAACUUUGUUCAAAAAAUGUCCAUUUUUUAAAAUUAAAAAAUCAGGUUACUUUAUCCGUAACUUAGUGAAAUACUCAUUUCCAAAAAGGAAACAUCUCCAUAUAAGUGACUUACAUCUAUUAUAAACAUCUUAUUUCCAUUCAUUAAGAGAAACACUUUAAGUUUUGUUUACAAUAUUAUUUCUAUUAUAUAAAAUUGUCUUCCAUUGUUUUUAUUAGAUAUUGAUUUAAGCCUAAAUUUUAAUGGUUUAGUUUUCAAUUGAUCAAAAUUCAAUAAUCUAUUUUGUGCACUAAAUCUUUAACCAUUAAUAUUGAUUUAAUGCGUUGUUGUUGUUGUUGUUUUUCAUUAUUUUUCCUUAUAUCUCUUCUUAUCUGUCAAUAUAAUUGAUUAAAUCAUUAUGAUUCCUAA